ACAGUUUACAUGUACCCUCUCAAAACCUGGACUCCUGCAUCUAAACCUGGAAUCCUAUAUCAGCGAGUAGAUCUCUUACUUAUCUACGCGCCAGUCCCGUUAAUCCCACGCUCUCUCUCUCUCUCUCUCUCUCGCCUUACAUUUCGUCAAUUGACUUCCAUAGCCUCUCGUUGAUCUGGCCUGGUACUCUUUCUCUCUUGAAAAAGCAUGUCAUCAUCUCCCGGAAAUUUAGGUGGUGGUCUAGGCGGUGCCGUCGCUCAAUUCUACUUCUGCCACCAAUGCAACCGUACGGUCACCAUAACUCCUUCACCAACCAACGAACUCCUUUGCCCAAUUUGCAACGGUGGUUUCAUUGAAGAAUCCGAAACCCCUCCACCAAACCCUAACCCUAACCCAUUUCUUUCGUUCCCCGCCGAGAAUUUUCCCGGCUUGCCAAUCGUCUUUUCCUCCAACUCCGGCGGUGGUAUCGGUGCCGGUGGAAUCGAUGAUUUAUCGUCUUUCUUUGGCAGUCCCACCAGCCGAUCGGGUGGUUCCAAUGAUUUCAACCCAUUCGCGUUUCUACAGAACUAUUUCAAUACUCUUCGAGCCAGUGGGGCCAACAUUCAGUUCGUCAUCGAGGGGAACCCCUCCGGCGCCGGCACCGAUCCAAUGGAGUUUGGGCAUCCGGCCAACCUCGGCGACUACUUCGUUGGACCUGGACUCGAGCAAUUGAUUCAACAGUUGGCCGAAAACGAUCCAAACAGAUACGGGACACCACCAGCUUCGAAAUCUGCUAUUGACGCGCUUCCGAAUAUAAAGAUGACCAAGGCAUUAUUGGCAUCGGAUUCGUCGCAAUGCGCGGUUUGUAAAGAUAGUUUUGAAAUUCACGAGGAGGCGAAACAAAUGCCUUGUAAACAUAUAUACCAUAAGGAUUGUAUUACACCCUGGUUGGAGUUGCAUAAUUCUUGUCCGGUUUGUCGGUAUGAAUUGCCCACGGACGAUCCAGAAUACGAGAACCGGUCUCGGGCAGCCCAGCAAGUGGGCACUGGUGGUGGUAAUUCAGGUUUUGGAUUGGUGGGUUCUGGAAGUGGUGAUGGGGUUGGUGGCGGAGAGGGGUCUCAGGAGAAUCCCCUGAUGCCGCAGAGUGUGGAACGUAGGCUCAGGAUAUCGUUGCCAUGGCCAUUUAGGGCAUUUGGAUCGCCUGCGGAGACAAGCAAUAGCGGAGCUGCUGGGAAUGAUGGUGGGAACAACAACAGAGAAUCCAACUCGAACUCGGGAAGCCAGGCUAGAGAAGAGGACCUCGAUUGAAGAUUCACGG